AUGGCUAAUUUCACCCUGAGUGGGUUUCUUCUGAUGGGAUUUUCUGUCAAGCCUGAACAGAAAAUCAUACUUGCUUCUCUGUUCUUAGUCUUAUACCUGGUGGCAUUAACUGGCAACAUCUUCAUUAUCACUGCAACUUCCACGGACAGUAGUCUCUAUUCACCUAUGUAUUUCUUCCUGAAACAUCUCUCCUUCCUGGAUCUGUGCUACAUUUCCCUGACGGUGCCAAGGUUUGUUUGCAACUCUUUCAUGCACAGUGGCUACAUUUCCUUCGGGGAAUGCAUAGUGCAGUGCUUUGCUUUCACCCUCUGUGCUUCUGCUGAGGUAUCUAUGCUCACCUUGAUGUCGUAUGAUCGUUAUGUGGCCAUCUGCUUUCCACUGCACUAUGAAAUGAUCAUGGAUGUCAGCAAAUGUGUCCACGGAGUCCUUGGUGUCUGGAUCAGUGGGCUCAUUUCUGGAGCCAUGCAAACAGCAGCCACUUUCUCUAUUCACUUCUGUGGCUCACAGAUUCACCAGUACUUCUGUGACAUCCCCCAGCUCCUUAAACUCUCUUGUUCUAAUGAGUAUAUCAGUGAGCUUGGGAUCAGUGCCUUCUUGUCUCUAAUGGCAUUUAUUUGCAUUAUUUUUAUCGGACUGUCCUACACAAAGAUAUUCUCCACUGUGUUGCGGAUGCCAUCUGCUGAGGGCAGAGCUAAGGCUUUUUCCACUUGCCUUCCCCACCUUGCUGUUGUGAUUUUAUUCAUUUCAACUGGAUCCUUUGAGUAUCUCAGGCCCCCUUCUGACUCUCCCAGUGCACUGGACAUUUUGCUCACUAUCAUGUACACAGUUGUGCCCCCAAUGCUCAACCCAGUGAUCUACAGCCUGAGAAAUCAAGCCAUGAAGGCAGCUCUAAGAAAAGUUUUCCAAAGGAGAAAAGCCUGA